AAAUCAGGUGGAUUGCAAAUCUACAGAUUCGAGGGGAGUUGGAGGAAGUCUGAAUCAGUCCAUCUUCCUCUCUUUUUGCCUCUUUAGAAACCCAAACAAGAGGAAGGAUAGAGCUACCCCUCACUUCCCCUCCCAUGCCAUCCGUCUCCAUCCCUUCCCCUCCCUCUCCGUCCGACACCUCCAAUCCAAACAAUACCUAAAUGUAAAGAAAGAAGGAAAAAUAGGUAGCCAGGAGAACAAUUUCAGUCUUUUUGAAUAUUCCCUCUGAAAAACGACAUGACAUUGAAGAUUCAGCAUUUUGCGGUCCCCAGCCAGUACCAAAAGUGCAAAUUCUCAUCGUUUGUUCCGCCUUUUGGCUUUUGUUUCCACUUCCAGCAGUCACGUCGGAGGAUGAAGCCAGGACCUCAUUGUACAACUUCCUUUCUCAGCUUUCUAGCAGCAAUGCUCAACCGGACCCAAGUUUUGGCUGGAACCAGUCCUCUGAUGCCCUGCAGCAAGCACUGGAAGGGUGUUGAAUGGCAAAAAACCUGGGUUACAAGCUUAGCUCUUAAUAAUUCUAAUCUUUCUGGCUUUAUUAAUGCUAGUUUGAUCUGCAAUGUAUCAUCUAUUGCUUUAUAUCUUACUACUAUCAAUCUUGAUGCUCUCUGGAAACUACCAGAUUCCCUCUCAAUGUCAGGAAGUCUGAAAGAACUUGAUAUUUCAAACAAUAGAUUAUCUGGCGACUUGCCCGAGUUUUCUAGGAUAUCAGGUCUUACAAUGUUUCUUGCUCAGAACAAUCAACUUACAGGGAAGAUACCCCCUUUUGAUUUUGACAUUCUUGAGCAGUUCAAUGUCUCCAACAAUGAUUUCAGCGGUCCUUUUCCUGAUGUCCAUGGUAGGUUUUCAGAGAGCAGCGUCCUUGGUAAUCCUAAAUUGUGUGGAGCUCCCUUGCCAAAGAACUGCCGAAAAAGUGCAUCCAAGACUCAGAUACUUAUGUACUCGGGAUACAUUGCAUUGGGCUUGGCCUGUCUUGCUUUGAUCAUCCGCAGGUUAUCUAGUAGAAAGAAGAAAAGGUCGAAACGUGUGAAUAAGUCUGGUCUUUCUUCCUACUCAGCUGAAAGUGCAAUGGUUUCAUCUUCGUUGGUGGUUCUUACAAGUCCCACAGUGAAUAGACUGAAAUUUGAGGACUUGCUCAGAGCACCUGCUGAGUUGCUUGGGAGGGGAAAGCGCCGUACCCUUUAUAAGGAGCUCCAAGGAGAUAGGAUUGCUCAUGGCAACCUGAAAUCCUCAAACAUCAUGCUGAAUAACAAAAUGGAGCCUUGCAUAAGUGAAUAUGGCCUAAUCCCGGCAAAUGAACAAGACCAAGACUCCUCUACAUUUCCCAAUGCCUUCAAAGGCCUGCAACAGACCAAGUCCAAUGCCUCCUCCAGUGCCUUCAAAGCAGACAUCUAUGGUUUUAGGGUUAUCCUUCUUGAGCUUCUCACUGGAAAGCUGGUGCAGAAUGAUGGGGUUGACCUAACCACAUGGGUUCAUUCAGUGCUUCACGAAGAAUGGACAGUAGAAGUCUUAGACAAGUCUCUGAUUUUGGAAGGAGCUUGUGAAGAAAGGAUGGUGAACCUGUUGCAAGUGGGUAUAAAAUGUGUUAACCCUUCUCCUGAGGUUAGGCCAAGCAUUAACCAAGUUGCUACAAUGAUCAACAGCAUAAAAGAGGAAGAAGACCGAUCUAAUGCCCAUGAGGCAUAAGUCCACCAAGAGCAUAUAAUUUGCAAUGAGAGAACAGGGAACUUUUCUUUUGUACUAAUACCAGGUUUCAAAAUUUUCAUUAUGGUUAUAGCUUUCAAACUCCAGAACAGAGUUGCAUUUCCCAUUUUGGAGCAUAUUUGAAUUUUUAUUCACAAUAAAUGAUAACAAGGUCG